AUGAUGUCAGAGAAUAGCACCGUAUCUUGCAUGAAGGCAAGAGAUGCAGUAAUUGAAAACAACGACAAGGUGCCCUCUCCUAUGCUGGAUAUAGAGCAAAGUGUGUCCAAGCUGCUGAUGACAACCAAGAGGCUGCUAGAGACGCUAACUGCCUGGUCCUCUGGGACAGCCAAGGAUACACAAGUGUAUGACGAAUACAAUGCUCUUGAGGUUCAUUUUGCGUGUGCUACACAGGCAUUUGAAUCCGUAGCAUUGCCAAUGGAAGACAUGCUCCAUCUGCCAGACGAUCUAUACGAAUGCCUCAAGACAACAUUAUCUAAGGAAGCAUCUUCGGCAACGUUGGAGAAGCAUUUACCAGCAAUUCGAGAUACAAUCAUCAAAUUAUUGCAAGGAUUGAAAAGGAAGCAAUCUUUGCUAAGAGAGAGAUAUGAUUCGAGCAACAACACAACUCCUACUUCCAGUUCGAAGCUAUUGUCCCGUGCAGCAUCUCACUUAUCGCCAUUGCACACAACAACUUCUUCUAUGACCAUGAUGCCUUUACCCUCUCCUUCCUCAUCCACCGAGCCCUUGAGAGUGCAACAACGCCAAUCAUUGCCCAGAUCGCCCGUAUCGCCCUCUGCGAGGGAAGAGUUUGAUAUGAAUGAUCCCAAAACACAAGAUGCCAUGAAUGCAUUGACGAGACAGGAGAAUUUAGCGAGACGAUCGUCUGUUCGACGCACAUCUCACCACCAUUUGACAGUGGAUACAGCGGAGAAAACCCACGUACCUGAUUUCAUUGACAUCUAUUUGAGGAAAGGAGAGCAAGUCAAGAAAACCAGCAUUCAUGCAGAUAUUAAAUUGGAGGAAGUUCGGCAGUUAUUCCGUAAUCAGUAUUCAGUAACCAAGGAACAAGAAUUUGAAAUCUACAUUUUAGACCCUGUGUCGAAUGUGGAAUAUGAGCUAGAGAGGCUAAAUGAUAUCAAGCCAUAUUCAAUUAUAUCCUUUAAAGAAAAUACGAUGGCGACGCUACCCAGCAUUGCGGUAGACGUAGCCAAAGAAAUGAAAAGCUUAUUUGAAGAUACCAUGCAACAAAUGUUGACUCGCCUGGAACAAAAACAAUGUACCAAUAUACCCCAAGAAAAGAUCAAGGAGCAGCAAAAGGAGCUCGAGUCACUGCGUCAUGACUUAGCCAGCAUUCAUCAAUGUCACAACGACUACAAAAUGGAAACAGAGCAACUGAUUGCAGAGCUAAAGGAAAAAAGCAGCAAAAUUGCUGCUUCUACUGUCGUCAUUCUAGACGAAAAAGCACAUGCCGAAAUGAAUGAAAGUAGAGAAGUGACGCAAAAAGCAGCUACACUUAUUACGAGUCGACUAGAAGCACUGCAAGAUACCAUCGAUCAGCUCAAGCUGGAUGUUACACAGAAGAGAUGCCGACCCUCUAAAAGCCAAUUAAAUCAAUGUCAAGAAGAAUCUGAUCGAUUGAAAUUAGAGAUGAAUGAUCUUCAAGCUCGCAUCAAAAAAUUCAAACCCAUUUGGAAAAAGACAUGGGAGGUUGAAUUGCAGCAAAUUGUCAAGGAGCAGCAGUUCUUAAAAGAACAAGAAGCCCUAUUAGUGGAUCUAAAGGACGAUCAUAAAGCUGUGUUGAAUGUGCUGGGUCAACUGGUAAAGAUAUCUGAAAUUCAAGAACGUAAGAAGCAGCUUGGUGUCGAGUUUCGUAUGGCGCCUCCAGCAGAGGAAGGAUUUGAAGGCAUGGCAAGUGUGAUGAAGGAGGUUUCCAAUAUCCAUGUGGAUCAUUCUCAGAGAGUCAAGGCGUUAGCGCAGGCCGAAUCUAAAAGGUCCAAAGAACUCUCACAACGAAUUGAUGCAUUUGAAAAGGAAUUAACUGAUUUUGUGGGCCUGCGAAAACUGAAAAAGACAGGUGGUGCUCAAGCAGUUGAUAAACAAAGACAGGAGAAGGAUAAGGCUAUGAUGAAGCAAAUCUUUGCCAAUAAUUCAAGCAACAAUCAUGAUGUAACUGAUGCUUCUUGCAGUAGCAGCCAUGACAAUAGCAGUCUUCACGAUGAAACUGCUCCCUUGGAUCAAGGAGACCAUGCUGAAACCUCUUGUUCUCCUCCUAUGACUCCUAUCAUCGAGGAAGAGGAAGAUGUGCCAUCUCUAGCAGCACUACCACCAUCAACCCUACAGGUAUCGACUGUGGAAGAAGAAAAAGAAUAA